ACAGACAGAAGACAAAAAGCUUAUGUGCGUGUAUGUACGUUUGUGUGUGUACGUUUUUAACAUGUGCGUGGACUCCUGAGAGACGCACACACGAAGGAAAGAAGGAAGGAAGAAGGAAGGAAGGAAGGAAGGAAGGAAGGAAAAAGUGAAAUAGAAAUGGAACUGUGAAAUCUAAACACACACACACACACACACACACACACACACACACACACACACACACACACACACACACACACACACCAUGGAGGACUUAAGUAAAAAGAAGAAGAAGAAGAAGAAGACAUUUGAAAAAACAGUUGACCUUAUUUUAUGGCUUUUGGUGUAGUGCGUGCAUCGUAGUGAACGCACACACGCACACACACGCACACACACACCCCUAUGUACACACCCUCCACCUCCCCACACCUCCUCCACCCAAGAAAAAUGCUUUAACCCACUAAGAAAACCACUUUAAAAACAGAAACUGCCAUCCUUGAAAUUUGAGUAGUACCCCCUCAAAGUGCGUGUGUUCGUGCGUGUGUAGGAGGCGUGGGGGCACACACACGCACACGCCUGUACUCCCAACGGCCCCUCCACGCCCUCCACUCUUACCUUGCACACCGGUGGAGGGAAAACUCGUCAAGUGGAAGGUGGAGGAAGAGAAAAAAUAUCGGAUUUGAGGGGAAACUAAAGUAAAUAUCGCGAGUGUUUACAAGUGGAGUUUUAAGUUCACCACGCCUUGUUACCGCGUUCCACCACUACCACACACCUCCACAUCGCCUCCACAGCACCUCCACGCCUGCUCCACCUCCACCAUGCGGGUCUGGGGUGAGGGAAGAGAGGGGAGGUGGCUCCUUCUCCCCUUUCUUCUCAUUCUCUCCCCUCUUACUGUGAUGGGACGCAAGAAAAUUGACGUUUUUGUUGCUGGAUUCUUCCCCGUCGGAGAGGGCCCCAAGCAUUCCCUGGGCCGCGGAGUGAUGCCAGCCCUCAAUCUAGCAGUUAAGCACGUCAACGACCACCCCACAGUGCUUAGGAACUACAAACUGCACGUCAUAUGGAACGACACACAGUGCGACACAGCGGUAGGCACCAAGCUCUUCUUUGACAUGAUGUAUAAGAAACCAGCCAAGUUGAUGCUGUUCGGGGCCGCCUGUACCCACGUGACCAACCCCAUCGUCAAGGCCGCUAAGCACUGGCAUAUCGUACAGCUCUCCUACGCGGACACCCACCCGAUGUUCAACGCCAUCAAGUACCCAAAUUUCUUUCGUAUGGUUCCAUCAGACAGAGAGUUUAACCACCCUCGCAUCCACCUCCUGCAGCGAUAUAACUGGACAAGGGUGGGCACUCUCUUCCAAAAUGAGCCUCGCCAUGCCCUGGCUCACAACCACCUGGCGUCCAUGCUUGAAGAGAACGCCUACACGAUUGAGGUGACGCAGAACAUAGCGGACGAACUGAAGGACCAACUCAAACGUCUCCACGAGAAGGAUGUGAGAGUGAUCCUGGGCUACUUCGACGAACACUGGGCCAGGAGGAUAUUCUGCGAGGCUUACAGGAAGGGAAUGUAUGGCAAAAAUUAUCAGUGGAUCAUUACUGGGAUGUACCGGGAGGAGUGGUGGGCGCUGAGAGGGACCGGAGACGAGGACGAGGACGCUAAGCCAAUAGUCUUUGAGGACGAGCCCCGGGAAAGUGGCGGGGGUGGUUGCGCGGUGGAGGACAUCAUGACGGCUCUGGAGGGAUGCAUUAUGACUGACCUCUUGCCUCUCUCCACCUCCCUAGAGCGCACCGUGUCUGGGAAAAAUAUUUCAGAAUACGAGAGGGAAUAUGACAGCAUGAGGCGUUCUGAAUAUUCUCGGUUCCACGGGUACACUUAUGACGGAGUAUGGGCCAUGGCUCUUGCUAUUCAGGCAGUGGGACAUCAGCUUCACCGCAUCAACCACCAAAACAGGACCAAUCUUACCGUUCAGGACUUUACGUACCGCAAUCCGAAAUGGGAGGAGCUCUUCACCAAAGCGCUGUCUGAAGUCAAAUUUGAAGGAGUUACAGGUCCAGUGCAGUUUAGCAGUGACAACACGCGAGACAGUUACAUCCUACUCAAGCAGUUCCAGGGAGGGCGGGAGGUGAAGAUAGGAGAGUACGAUGGAUUUCACAACCUGCUAAUGAUGGACAAGGGACACCCGAUCUACUGGCCCGGCGGUAACCCUCCCUUGGACAGAACAGUGAAGCUCCUUGAGAAGACCAGCGUCAACAUUACCAUCUACGCGAUCCUCGUCACCAUCGCCUCGCUUGGAAUCGUUAUGGCCUCGAUAUUCCUGGCCAUUAAUAUCAAGUACAGAAAUCAAAGGUAUAUCAAGAUGUCCUCUCCUUACUUAAACAACGUCAUUAUCGUGGGCUGUAUCCUGACCUACUCCUCUGUCAUUCUACUGGGGCUCGACUCAGGGCUGACCAGCGAGACGAGCUUUCCUUACAUCUGCACAGCGCGCGCCUGGGUCCUCAUGGCUGGCUUCACGCUGGCUUUCGGUUCAAUGUUCUCCAAAACCUGGCGUGUGCAUUCUAUCUUCACGGAUGUUCAGCUUAAUAAAAAGGUGAUCAAGGACUCACAGCUGUUCAUGGUGGUGUUGGUCCUGCUGUGUGUAGACGUGGCUAUUAUGACCACUUGGCAGGUCGUCGAUCCCUUCUACAGAGAGACGAAGAAGAUGGCUCCCUUUAUGCGGGGCGAUAUUGAGGUGACGCCAGAGAAUGAAUAUUGUAAAAGCAACAAGAUUUCUGUUUUCAUUGGCUGCAUCUACGCUUAUAAAGGCCUGCUCAUGGUGUUUGGGUGUUUUCUGGCCUGGGAAACACGGCAGGUGAACAUUCCUGCCCUGAACGACUCCAAGUACAUAGGAAUGAGUGUGUACAAUGUGGUAAUAAUGUGUGUGAUUGGCGCCCCCAUCUCCUACAUACUGAGUGACGAGCAAGAUUCCUCCUAUUUGAUCAUCUCCAUUUUCAUUAUCUUCUGCACCACUGGGACCCUUACGCUGGUUUUCGUCCCUAAGAUCAUUGAGUUACGGCGGAACCCUCAAGGCAACAUCAACCAGCGAUUAGUACGGCCUACUUUGAAGCCACCGAAGAGCCAAGACAGCGAUUCCGAGCUCUCAGACUUACACGAGCAGAUCAAGAAGGCUGAAAGUGACCGCCAGGUGUUCGCUAGACGCCUGCACGAGAGGGAACAGGAACUACAGGUUCUGAUUGAGCAGCUGGGAGAGGACGCGCUGGGAGAGGUGGAGACACACCCCUCGAGAACCAACACAAGGCGCCCCUCCAAGCCACGCUCCAUAGACAGACUCAGGAUAGAAGGCCCCUCCAUCACAGAAACGACGGAGGCCACAGAACUAACCUCGCUGUGUUCCGGAGCGUCACAGGAGCUGGACCAUGACCUGUGUGACGCCAGGAGGGGGGUGACCUUCGCGUCCCCCGUGCAGACCCCCAGGGAGGUUAGCAAGAGUGUGUCCUUCAGGCUGGAGGGAGGAGGGGUAGGGGGGCCAGAAGCUAUCCCUCUCCACCCCCUCGCCGGCACCCUACCCCCACAGCCACCGGGCCCCUCCCCCACCCCGCCCCUCCAAAUGCCCCCCACCACUGUACAAGGGGGCGUCAUGGCUUACCAGGAGCACGCAGCGCCGCAGGAGGCAGCGCCCGUGACGUACGGCGGCGUGUACGUGCAUGACUACGGCGGCGCCAUGAUGCAGAAGGAACAGCGCAUGUUGCAGCAGCGGCGCAGCAGCAGGACCAGCCUGGGCGGUCGCCGCUACAGCAGGGAGGAGGCGGAGCCCGGUCCGCCCCUGGAGCCCGCCCCGCAGCCACCCAUCAUGGAGUACGCCGCCGGGGAGCCGCUCCAAGGCGUGGUGGUGCCUCUGGGUGGGCGUGGGCGGGGCGUGCUGGAACCGUACCGGCGGUCCAGCCUGCGGCGCGGCGUGGGUGGUGAGGAGGAGCGCGGCGGGCAGGGCGGCAUGGCGCCCACGCACCACGACGCCCUGUCAGUGACGCACUACAACAUAUCAAGCGAGGGGCCGCCGCCCUACCGACCCCCGCCCAUGGACGCCCCGCGGCGAGGCAGUGAGCCGCCGCGGCCAGCAGGGCGCGGCGCCCCUCACCGCAACAGAUCCUGCGACGACCUGGCGUGCUCGUGCUGCGAGGCGCCGCUGCCGCCACACCUGCUGGACCGCUGGGACGGCGAGGAGGCGGCGCGCGCCGAGGACAGGGAGGCAACCCGCACCAUCUCCCGCGCCCACCUCCGCCGCGACAGCUUCGGCGAGGUGGUGGCGCGCCGCUCACCCUCACAGGACUCCCUUGACCACGCUCCCCCACCGCCGCCCCACGCCCGCUCACCCCCGCUGCUCCUGGACGACCCCACGCCCCUCACCACGCCCACACCCCCGCUCCCGCCACAUAUGUCCGCCGGACGCCGCUCACCCUCGCAGGACUCCUAUGGCUACGGCGCGCCGCCCACGCGCUCCGACAGCCAGGACAGCCUCGACCACCAGGUGUGCGGUCGUGGGCGGGCCGCGAGUCAGGAGAGCCUGGGCACCAUGAGCAGCCGCGGUUCGGUGUGCGGCAGCCUGUACAGCGUGGCGUCUGCCAGGAGCGACGCGGCGGUGUCCCGGUGUUCCAGCAAGGAGACGGUGAGGAACCACGCUCCUCUCACUCAGCAGACUCUCCCACACCCACGCGGCCACUCUCACUCCAACUACAUGAACGAACCCCCAUGCCUGCACAGAACCAUCAGCGAACCGUACAAUUUCGACGACGAUGACGACAAAUCACUCAACACGUCACCUCCACACCGCAUAUAUCAACCCCCACCACCGCCUCGACCGGUCACCAACACUCGAAGGCUGCCACCAGUGCGCACCCCUUCUUAUGACAUCUAUGAUACUAAUCUCUCUGGUUUCCACACGCAUUCGUUAAGAGGUAGAGGGAGGCACGCUACUACGACCUCUGUGGCUGCUGCGAUCGCUGCUGUCAGGAAGAAUGCCUCAGAUAAUGCGCUGGAUCACGAUACUUCGAUACUUCCAAUAUUUCAGAAGCUGUUGAGUGAAAGGCAAAGAGGAUAUGGAGAUUCAAAUAGAGAGUUUACUAUGUCUUCUUGCCCCAAUAUUACCAUUAAGUGUGAUAUUGUGGAGUAUUUAUGAUCUGGGUGUGUUUUUCGUGUGUUUUUCGUGUGUUUUGCUGUAGUGUGAGUGUGUGUGUGUGUGUGUGUGUGUGUGUGUGUUUGAUUUUUUUUAGAG